CACUUUUCGAUAUAAUACAAACUGCUUGAGAAAACACUGUCGGACCUUAGAUUUUAAAUUUAAGCAUACAUAGGAAAAUUUCAUGAUGGACAUGGAUGUGGAUGCUGAAAAUGGAGCUGAAAAUAAUCCUCCUACAAUAAGUGCACCACUGGUUUUCAACCCUGCAGAUUAUGGGCCUAUUGAGGUACCAGAGGCUGUACAGUCUGUAGCUACAUAUGAAACAAAUGGGCCACGUUUAAUGAUCACCCAAAUAGUAAAUGAGAAUUUCAAAUCAUAUGCUGGGGUUCAAACUCUAGGUCCUUUCAAUAGGAAUUUUACUUCAAUUAUUGGCCCAAAUGGAAGUGGUAAAUCAAAUGUGAUUGACUCAAUGCUGUUUGUGUUUGGUUACCGUGCCAACAAAAUAAGAUCCAAAAAGAUCAGUGUUCUGAUUCACAACAGUGAGAAACAUCAAGAUAUCAACAGUUGCUCUGUUGCUGUUCAUUUCCAAAAAAUCAUAGAUACUGGGCUGGGAGAUGAUGAUUAUACUGUAGUCCCAAACAGCCAAAUUGUAGUGUCACGUACUGCUUUCCGAGAUAACAGCUCCUGCUAUUAUCUGGAUGGUAAGAAGGCAGCAUAUAAAGAAGUGGCCCAAGUCCUUCGAGGAAGUGGCAUAGAUUUGGAUCACAACAGGUUUCUUAUCCUUCAGGGCGAAGUUGAACAAAUUGCCAUGAUGAAACCAAAAGCUCUGACUGAACACGAGGAUGGCAUGCUUGAAUUUUUGGAGGAUAUUAUUGGAUCCAACAGAUUCAAACAGCCAAUAGAAACUUUAAAUAAGCGUGUUGACACGCUUAAUGACCUGCGAUCUGAAAAACUAAACCGUGUAAAAGCUGUAGAGAAAGAGAUGGAAAAUCUAGAAGGGCCAAAGAAUGAGGCUGUUGAGUUUUUAAACAUGGACAAUGAGCUGAUGAAGCUGAAGAACAAAUUGUUUCAGAAAUAUAUAAUGGAAUGCUCUGAAAAUGAAGCGAAAGCUCAAGCAGAGUAUGAUAAAGUUAAUGAGUCACUAAAAAAAUUCCAAGAAAAACUAUCAGUAAUCAAGGAAAAUAAAAAUGUAAAGAUGAAAGAAUACAAAAAAGUGAAAAAUGAGUACGAAAAGCUGUUAAAAGCUUGUGAUGAGAGCAGAGAGAAGUUCUCCGACAUGGAGAAUCAGGAUGCCAAGUGCCAGGAAGAUAUAAAACUGAACAAAGCCAAGUUGAAAAAACUGGAGAAAUCUCUGGAAUUAGAGACUGCUAAAAUUGCGGAGUUUAAGCUUAUACCAGAACAAGCUGAGCAAGCCUGUGCUGAGAUGCGGAAAAAACUGGCAAAUCUGGAGAAAGCUAAAGAGAAAGAGGAAGAAAAUGAAAAGGCUGUCAUGGAUAGUCUGAAAGAUGCAACUAAGGGACUGCAAGAAGAGAAACUUGCUAAAGAAGCCUUACUUCUAGAACAACAAGAAGAAUUGAAUGAUAAAAAAUCAAAGCUUCAAGUAGCUGAGACAGAGCUGGAAAUAAAUACAAGUAGACAGAGGGCUGAAACUAAGAAGUUGGAGACUGUGCAGAAAAACUUGACAGAUGCUGAAGCUGCUUUGGAGAAACACAAGAAAGAUAUGAAGCUACUUGAGGAAGAAAUACCAAAAUUUGAAGCUAGUGUAAAGAAAGCAAAAGAUGAACUACAGCAAGUCACCAAAGAUGAAGUUCAGUGCGAUGAAAAGAGAAGCAACCUGCUGAACAAAGUGGAGGAAGUGAAAAACUCAUUAGCCACCUCCAAGAAUCAAAACAGGGUACUUGAUUCUCUGAUGGCGGAGAAGAAGAAAGGAGUUUUGCCUGGAAUUUAUGGACGCCUUGGAGAUCUAGGUGCCAUAGAUGGCCAGUACGAUGUGGCUAUUUCCACAGCUUGUGGCAGUCUGGACCAUAUUGUAGUGGACACAAUUGACACAGGAAAAGCGUGCAUUGAAUUCUUGAAGAAAAAUAACAUUGGACAAGGAAAGUUCAUUUUGCUGGACAAAAUGGAGGUGUGGCGUGAGGAGACCAAGAAAAAACUUACAACACCUGAAAAUAUACCUCGACUGUUUGACUUAAUUCGAGUUAAGGAUGAGACAGUGAAAACAUGCUUCUAUUUUGCAUUGAGAAACACAUUAGUGGCAAAGGAUAUAGAUCAAGCAACUCGAAUAGCCUAUGGAAAAACAAGAUAUAGGGUUGUGACUCUCAAAGGAGAGUUGAUAGAAAUGACAGGUGCCAUGAGCGGUGGUGGUACUUCAGUAUGCAAAGGUAAAAUGGGAUCCUCUAUAGUGACUGACGUUGAUCCUAAAGAAAUUGCCAACAUGGAGUCUUCACUGGAAAAAUUAAACCAAGAAAAAGAUGCACUUAAAGUAAAGAAGAAGAGCCUUGAAGACACCAUUUCCCAGAAUGAGAAAGAUCUCACCAUUAUGAAGCAUAACUUGAAGGAGCAUUCCGUCGCAAUCCAAGGCCUUAAAGUGCAGAUAACUGAUCUGAAGAAACGAGUCCAAGAACAAGAAGCCUUGCAACAAUCAGUUGUCCCAGAUCAAACAAAACUUAAACAGCUGGAGGAUGUUGUGAGCAAAUGCAGGAAAGAGUAUGAAAAGGUUGCCCAAACAGCUUCUAAGCUUGAAGACCAAGUCAAGGAAUUGCAUAACCAAAUUCUUGACAUCGGAGGAGCCAAACUAAGCGCUGUAGAAGCUCGCUUGAAAGCAAUCAAUAAUGACAUAGAUAAAGUCACAGGGCAGAUCACCAAGAACACUGUAGGUGUGAAAACAUCUGAAAGAAACUUGAAAAGAGCAGAAGAGAAAGUGGUUUCUUUAAAUGAUGAACUUGAGGAAACAAAAGAACUGCUGGGUACCUUGACCCAAAAACUCAAAGAUACAGAAGGAGCAGCAACAACCCUUUUAGAGUUGUACAAUAAAUCUCAGGCUGAACUAAAAGACAGGGAAGAGAAGCUUCAUGGCAUGAAAGAAGAGGUGGAAGAGAUGGAGCAGGUGGAAGCAGACAUGGCUAAGGAAGGGGUCACUGUCCAGCAUGAGCUUGAAAAAUACGAAGGGAUACUCAAAGAAAAUCGGAAUAAGUUGAAACAUUGGAAAAAAGAGAGGAGCAGUUUAAAGUUAACACCAAUUACGAGAGAGGAAGAGAACAUGGAGCUAGUUUUACCAGAGCUAGCGCCUGAAGAGCUGCAGUCCCUCAACAAACAGGAAGUUCAGUACGGCAUCACACUGCAAGAGGAGAAACUCUCACAGAUGAAACCUAACAUGGCAGCCAUUACGGAGUACAGGAAAAAGGAAGAAACAUACCUUCAAAGGGUUGGUGAAUUGGAUGAAAUUACAAAUUUCCGGGAUCAACAAAGACGUUACCAUGACAGCCUACGUAAACAAAGAUUAGAAGAGUUUAUGGCUGGUUUCCAGGUCAUCACUAACAAGCUGAAAGAGAUGUAUCAGAUGAUAACUCUAGGAGGAGAUGCUGAGCUGGAACUGGUUGAUUCACUGGAUCCUUUCUCAGAAGGCAUUGUGUUCAGUGUACGACCCCCAAAGAAAUCAUGGAAGAACAUAUCAAACUUGUCAGGUGGUGAAAAGACCCUGUCAUCCCUAGCUUUAGUUUUUGCACUCCACCAUUACAAGCCAACACCCCUGUAUGUUAUGGAUGAAAUUGAUGCGGCCUUGGACUUCAAAAAUGUUUCGAUUGUUGCCAACUACAUCAAGGAGAGAACAAAGAAUGCCCAGUUUAUCAUAAUCUCACUGAGAAAUAACAUGUUUGAGUUGGCGGACAGACUAGUUGGGAUCUACAAAACCCAUGACAGCACCAAGUCAGUGACCAUCAACCCCUGGAAGAUCUCACCAGCUUUUGUUGAACAGAUCCAGCAAGUUCAUCACAUCGACAUUAGUGACCAGUGAACACAGUACACACAUCAGUCAUCACAGUGACCAGUGAAAACAGUACACACAUCAGUCAUCACAUCAACAUCAGUCAUCACAUCAACAUCAGUCAUCACAUCAACAUCAGUAAACACAGUACACACAUCAGUCAUCACGUCAACAUCAGUGAAAACAGUACACACAUCAGUCAUCACAUCAACAUCAGUGAAAACAGUACACACAUCAGUUAUCACAUCAACAUCAGUGAAAACAGUACACACAUCAGAACAUACUCAUCUGUCAAGAGGGUGUUGAAAACUUGUUCCCACCACACCACAAUGUCACUUCCACAUGUCACAGCGUAAAGUUUACUCACCCAUUCACUCAUUUGUGUACAUAUUUGUAUGUAACUUGUACCUUUCAAUUCUAACUUGCUUAUUUAAUGUAUGUUUCUUAACUUUAGCUGGUGCCUUAAUGAAUUCUUGAUAAAUAAAUUUUUAAUGUUGUUUUUUGGAACUUAAAAUAUCUUUCAACUUGAACUGUUUAUCGAGGAAACAGAAAAUUUGGGUAUGUCUAUAUGUUUUGGGCAAUUUUUAUUAAAAGUAUAUAAUAUAUACAUGAAGAUUCUAAAUGUGUUUUGUUAUAAAAUAUUUUGAACUAUAAAAUGUAUCUAUUUAUUAAUUACACAUUAAAUGAAUGUUCAAAGUAAUAUGCAGGUCUGCUACUAAAGUAACAUCAAAACUGGUGGUUCUAUGGGGCAUAUGAAAUGCUCAACUAGAUUUGUAAGACAGGUUCUAUUGAAAUUAGCAAUGAAGGAAAUGAAAAACUAAGGGCAUGUUUGUAGAGUAAUUGAAUGUUAACCUGAACUCUCAAGUUUGAAUCCUUGUUCAAGUCCUAAAACUUACCUUAGUCCACCCACGUCCAAUGGACCAUCAGGUUCAAAAAGGAACUUGACAUAAACUUACUCAUCCAUAUGACUAAUAAUUAUCGUGUGCCAUAAUUAAAAUCUUAUGCAAAUAAGCAUUGUUUAUUUAAA